AUCCGAAAGGACCGCGAGUGACAAUAUUUUGGAUAUGUCAAAUAGAGGAACAACUUGAUCUUCUCAUAUAUCCUCUUCCACUCACACCCGAGCCUGUGUGGGUCCGAAAGGAGCAAUCAAACCCGUGUCUACGGACAGCCAACCCGACAUUGUUUUGCUGUUUCCUGACGCAGUACGCCGAUCACAAAAAUGGCGACCUACGAUAUCUCAGCUCAUGGAGCGAUUCAAGCAGCAAGAGAUGGAUUAUCUGAGUUGACCUGGACCACAAUCUUUGCUGUUUUCGUUUUUUCUUGCAUCGCCACCCGCGUCAUCUCGGGUCUCCGGAGUCGCCAGCGUGUCAAUGAUCCCGCAGAGCCUCGAACUUCACGAUUAGCGCCUUAUUGGUUUCCAUGGGUAGGCCAUGGGAUUUCUUUCUUGUGGGAUCAUAUGGGCCUUAUUGGGUCAUUCCGAGACUCUAUGGGCGAGUCUGUAUUUGGCGUCUAUUUGCGCGGUGAAACCCACGAUACCGUCGUCUCGCCAUCAAUGGUGAAAACUAUUCUUUCUUCACCAGACGCAUCAAGUGCCCCUUUGCUAGAUCAAGCUCUCCAAAACGUCUUUGGCGAUCGCAGUCUCAUCCGCAACUUGCGCUUGGCGGGUAACCAAGAGAUCAGCGAUGGUGUAUCUGGAAUUAUGAGCCGAGAGCCAUUCAUCAGCGAUGUCUCGACCGCAAUCAUCAACAUGCUGCAGCGCAACAUGCCGAACUUGGUGACCUUUAGCCGCAGUCCAGUUGACCAAUUCCAAUGGGAACGCGAUGGCCGCGUCUCCACAUCUGAGGAAAACCAAUCAACCUGCGAGGCCAGGCUCUUCGAACUCAUCAGGGGCUUUGUUGGUCAGAAUUUGAGCUCAUUCCUCAUGGGCGAGGCUUUUGUUGAGAACUUCCCUCUUUUCCUCACAGACCUCUGGACCCUGGACAAGAAUUUUGUCCCAUUAUUUAUCGGCCUGCGUCGAUGGGUGCCUACUACGCCCAAUAUCUCCGCAGGAUUCCCAGCGCGCGAUCGACUUCUCCAUAUCAUGUCGGUCUUCUAUCGGGCAUUCAGCGCCUGGGACGACGGGAUCGACCCCGGAAUCGAACUCCGCGAGCUCGACGACGUAUCCGAGCUGGUCAAAGAGCGCAUGAGAACAUUCCGCAAACUGGAACUCUCCCCAACCGCCAGUGCAGCAGGUCAUCUAUCUCUAUACUGGGACGUGAUCGAAUACACAUCCAAGAUCACAUUCUGGACAAUCACGCACAUAUUUGCGGAUAGCGAACUCCUCAAAGAAAUCCGAAAAGAUAUUUCCAAGUACGUGAAAUCAUCUCGACGAAGCCGCCAGGAAACAGGCUUCCCAUUCGAAGAGCCGCCCAGACUCAACAUGGACCUUGACAAGGUUCUCGACUCAUGCCCUCUCCUCAAGGCCUGCUACUACGAGUCCGUCCGCCUGCAUUCUGCGGGCAUUUCUUUCAGAAAGCUCGAGGCUGAUAUGACUCUCGCCGAGUCUGCGGAAGAUGCGGCCCAGCCGCGUACGUAUAAGCUUCGCAAGGGUGAGAAUGUCAUUAUGCCACAUGGUGUUUAUCACAAUGAUCCGCAGCGGUUCUCGAAUCCAGAUCAGUAUGAUCCUCUUCGGUUUAUUGUGACGGAUCCUGUUUCCGGGGCUAAGCGGGUUAGUGCUGCUAACCUUGCGCCGUUCGCGGAUGGAUUGUAUGGGUCUAAGAAUAAUGCUCUUAGUGAAAGGGCUAUAUUGGCGUUUACUGCGGGUAUUGUUUCGAUGUGGGAUAUCACUUCUGUUGACGAAGGUGGGCUGGUGGUUCCUAAGAAUUGGACGACGUGGGGAACUUUCCAGCCUGCGAAGGAUGUGAAGGUGAAGAUAAAGUUGAGGGUGUAAGAUCUAGAUACAGUCAAUCGAAAAGUGCUGUUUGAAUUGAGAAACAAGAUA